GUCCUAGCCUAGCUGUGAGAAUGAGGCAUUACGUUUACCUCCUCUGCAGCAGAGAGGCGCUUGUGCCUUGCAGUUCUAGACAAGAGCCUGGGACUACGUGACAGCGCUCAGGUCUACAAUGAACACUUCCAACGGAGAGGGAGGGAGUGGAGGCUGCUGGGGGAACAGCUCAGGGCACUUGCAGGACAGAAAGACUUUACAUUAAAUAACAGCUGAAAAAGAAGAGCAUUUCACUUCCUUUGCUGGAGCCUGUGCUUGCCGCCCUACCCUUGUUGUCUAGUUUUUCCCCCUAAUAUAUAUAUGGAUCUCUUUAAUAGGUGCAGCAUGUUCCAGGCUUUACCUCAUGCUAUUUAAUUUCUACCAGCCAAGACAUAAUUUAUUGUAGGUUAAAUGAAGUCAGCAGCAAGAAAGCUGACAAGCAAAGUCACUGAAGUCUGGCUGCUUCCUCCUUUCUUCCUCUGCCUGUAGAAUAAAGAGAAUAACACUCUUCUGUAGUAAGAAAAUCACCUUUAAAAAUUUAAUAGACAUACCAAAAAGUAAUACAAAGCCUCACAGAUGAAGUGUGAAAACUGCACCAAAAAGGAAUGUAGUAAAAAACAGAAAAAUGAUGACAAGCAAAAGACAUUUGUUGAUCCACUGAGCACAAAUGAUGAAAAUGAGGAGAAAAGUGAAUUCCAUAAAUUGGCUAGUGCUAAAAUAUUCCUUAGUGACUGCCUAGCUUGUGACAACUGUGUGACAUCAGAAGAAGGUGUCAGGAUUUUCCAGCAGAAUCAGAAGGAACUCUUUCGCAUACUCAACCUUAACAAGAAAUGUGAUACCUCAAAACACAAAGUGUUGGCAGUGUCUAUAUGCCCUCAGUCAUUGCCUUAUUUUGCUGCUAAAUUCAAUCUGUGCGUAAAUGAUGCAGCUAAGAGACUCUGUGGUUUCCUCAAAAGUCUUGGGGUACAUUAUGUAUUUGACACCACUAUAGCUGCUGAUUUCAGUAUCCUGGAGAGCCAGAAGGAAUUUGUGCAGCGGUAUCGACAGUGGAACCAGGAGGAACAUGCCUUACCAAUGUUUGCCUCUGCUUGUCCUGGUUGGAUCCGGUAUGCUGAAAGGGUGCUUACCAACCCAGUGACUCCACACAUUUGCACUGCGAAGUCUCCACAGCAGAUCAUGGGGUCCCUGGUGAAGGGUUACUUUGCAAGGCAACAGAACCUAUCUCCAGAUAAAAUUUUCCAUAUAAUCGUGGCUCCUUGCUAUGACAAAAAAUUGGAAGCCCUGCGGGAAGAUUUUUACACCCCCUUGUAUAACUCUCAAGACGUUGAUUGUGUUCUAACAUCAGGUGAAAUUGUCCAAAUAAUGGAACAGAAAAAUAUAUCUAUGAAAGAAGUGGCUGAGGUGGCUAUAGACAAUUUGUUUGGUGAAAUAAAGGAGGAGGACGUAGUACGGCAUGAUGGGAGGAGAUCUGAUGGGUACCUGGAGCACAUCUUUAAACAUGCUGCCAAAGAGCUGUUUGAUAUGGAUAUCAAGGAAAUUACCUACAAAACACUAAAAAACAAGGACUUCCAGGAGGUCACCCUGGAAAAAGACGGUGAGACAGUGUUGCGCUUCGCAGCUGCAUAUGGCUUUAGGAACAUCCAGAACGUGGUCCUGAAGCUGAAAAAGGGAAAGUUCUUGUAUCAUUUUGUGGAGGUUCUUGCCUGCCCUGGAGGGUGUUUAAAUGGAAAAGGCCAAGCCCAGACUGAAGAUGGAAAACCUGACAAAGUGUUGCUCAGCCAGAUGGAGGAAGUGUAUGCAGCAAUUCCUGUCAGGCUUCCAGAAACCAGCAUGCAUGUGCAAAAGCUGUACCAGGACUGGCUGGAAGGGAUGGACUCCAAGAAGGUCCAAGAAACUCUGCACACCAAAUACUGUGCAGUAAAUCAAACGGCAAGCAGCAUGGAUAUCAAGUGGUGACAAAUCAGGCUCACGAAAGAUGGAAAAAACUUGCAUAGGUUAGUUAUGAACUCAGCAUUGGAAACAUUCUAUGCAAUUGGGGAUGCUAUGCACUAGCCAAGUGUACGACCAGUACACUUUCUGAAUUGCGGAAUAUUCCUUACUUAAUACAAAGAACCAUUGCUCAAUUUUUUAUUUUGAAUGCCUUGGUUCCCUAUGGGUCUGUUAGACUCUUACUGUGCUUGACCUCCUGUGUAUUUGGGAGUUUUUUGUUUAGUUAAGAUCUGAUCUUGCAGGGUACAGUGAGCACCUUCUUCUAGGUGUACAAUGCCCUCAACUUGAAGUGAAAUUAAUGCAGGUUGAGGGUUCUCACCACUUUUCACAGAACUGGUGCCCUUAAGCAGGAGCUAUUGUAAUCCUUAUGUAUGUGAUUCCUUUCACCAGGCAAGAACAGCCACCCUGGUUAGAAUUGUUGUGUUAAGUGUACUGUAAUUUAGAACUCUUUUUGCCUUGUUAACCAAAAAUGAUGAUUUUACACAAAGCUACAGAUGAAAAAUGUAAUUGAGAGAUUUACUUGACUCCUUCCACCACUAUACAAUAAAGAGGUUUAUUCAGCUACUAAAACGUUAGCAACAAGCUUCCUACAGACAACUAACCACAAAGGGAGAGCGUUCUGAUAUAAAUGGCAUGUCUUUAAUAAUACUAAAUGGUUGUAACACAGUCCUCUCUUCCCUCGUUCUUUCGUUAAGGAUUUUUGCUAACAGGCUGGUUUGUACAAAUAAUUAAACCUGUUAAUCUCUUUCUUCAGAAACUUGCAUCGUGAAUGAAUCUUUUCUGUAACUUUUAUUUUCUUUUGUCUGACUUGUUUAUGAAAGCGAGAUAUGGUGACCCCAUGUGAAGACAGGCAUGAUGUUGUCAUGUUGCCUGCAAUCUUCACCCUACAUCAAUUCUAUGUUAGACUUCAGUACUGAUUUACAAUACCUCUGCUAUUCCAUUUCUGGCUAGUCCUGAGCAUAUACAGUGUCAGAUUGAAUCCAGAGACCAGAUAAAUUUGUUGAGUGCCUCUAACAAAAAAAUCUUAAUUUUGGAACAUUCUUGAUCUGAUAAUAUGAUGUAAACUGAUAGUGCUAGUUUGGGGGCAUUUUUAUGUACAUUACAUGGCUGCUUCAUUUAACAAGCUAUCAUCUUAAAAAAUCAUGCUUGAUAGAUGUAACCGUCUGUACAAUCUCGCAGUUCAGGGAGGGAUGUUUAAGGAUGUGAUGUGACAUUCCAGCCAUUACAAGGCUUCCACCAGAUUUCAUAGCAGCCUCGUGCUUGUUAUUUUGAUUAGUGGCUCUCUCAAAACUGGAAGGAUUUUAGCUUUCACGUUUUGUUGAGAAAAUAUGAAUGGGGUUUAUAGUGAUUUCAGGAAAUGCAUGAAUGCAAAUUUUGUGGAUUUCUUAAUAUCAGUUAUUGUGCGCGUGUGUGUGUGUAUGUGUGUGUGUGCACAAAGCUAAUAAUACAGGAUCUUGAUGGAGUAUAUUUGAAAUCAGGAUCUACCCUUGGAAUGUGGGAGGUGAGGCAUUCAAUGCUUCCAGUCUUCCCCCCCCCCCUUAAAUAAAGUAUCUAUCAACAGAGUCGAUUAUGUUCCUGUUGAAGGCAAAUGCGCGUUUUUGACUUAAAUAAGAGCAGGCUCAAAACGAGAAGGGGGAAAAAAAGGGUGCUGAAAUAUGUGGACUUGCUGGAAGGGACAACUGGUUUAAAAUGAACUUGGUUGAUGUGGUUGCAGGUUUCAUCCAAGCUUCCUUUACUUUACUUUAUUUCAAUGCAAAAGGCAUAUGGAUCUGACUUGUAUGGCUACCUGCAUGCAGAGUAAGCCUUCAGGUUUGUUUGUUUUUGUUUUUUUUUUUAAUAAAAUGUUUUUGAUGCAAUAACUGAACAUUUAGAGAAAUCUACCUCUGUGCUAGGAAAAGAGUUUGGAGCAGCAGGGAGAUCCUGGAAAACCUAUACAUCCA